AAGAGCAACGGGCAGACAGCUGCCAGUGCAUGUCAGGCAGAGAGCAGGAGCUGGGAACCCCUAGCUUAUAUCCUUCAAGCUUUAGGGAAUCUCCAGUCAGUCAGCUGGUGUCAGACUACAAGAGGCAGUGUUCCAGGAGCCAUCUGCGGUUUGUUUGCCCCAUUUAAAGGGUCCUCCCUCAGACAAGGAGCCCGCUGAGCACUGGACACUAGCAGAGAGAUGGGUUCCAGCCUGCCCUAGAGUCUGUGCCAAAGCUAACAGUAACCUUCACCCCCCUGCAUUGUGUGUUGUUCCAUCCACCUGUCCAGAAUCAGCAGAAAGAGAGGCUGUGGCUCCACUGAGCAGAGAUGGAUAACUGGACCUUCCUGGGAGAGUUCCUUGAAGAGGUCCACAAGCAUUCCACUGUGGUGGGGAAAGUCUGGCUGACGGUGCUUUUCAUCUUCCGGAUGCUGGUCCUGGGCACAGCGGCGGAGUCCUCAUGGGGAGAUGAGCAGUCUGAUUUCAUGUGUGACACACGGCAGCCUGGCUGUGAGAACGUUUGCUAUGAUAAGGCUUUCCCCAUCUCCCACAUCAGGUACUGGGUCCUUCAGGUCAUCUUCGUCUCCACUCCGUCCCUGGUGUACAUGGGGCAUGCGAUGCACACGGUGCGCAUAGAGGAGAAGAGAAAAAUGAAGGAGGCAGAAAUGAGGCCAAAGGGGAUUAGAAGCAGUGAUGACUCUUACCACCAACAGGAGUACCCUGUGGCAGAGAAGGCAGAGCUCUCCAGUGGGGAGGAAUCAAGUGGGAAAAUAAUACUCCAGGGUAGCUUGCUGAACACCUAUGUCUACAGCAUUUUGAUCCGCAUCACAAUGGAAGUGGCCUUCAUCGUUGGACAAUACAUCCUCUACGGGAUCUUCCUGCAGACCCUGUACACCUGUCACCGGGACCCCUGCCCUCACCCCGUGAACUGCUACGUCUCGCGGCCCACAGAGAAGAACGUCUUCAUCAUCUUCAUGCUGUCCGUGGCGGUGUUGUCGCUCUUGUUGAGCCUGGCCGAGCUGUACCACCUGGGGUGGAAAAAAGCCAAGCAGAAGUAUGCUAAAUCUUACAAACCCAGCCCCACUAUGGCUGCUGGCAAACUGGAGCCUGCACCCCAAGUGGAGAUGGCUCAAAGUUGCACUCCCCCUCCAGAUUUUAAUCAGUGUUUGGUCAAUUCCAAUGGGAAAUUCAUCAGCCCUUUCAGCAAUAAAAUGGCCUCUCAGCAGAACACGGACAACUUUGCCACUGAGAGGGUCCACACUCAAGACAAUGCAGCUGAAGAAGGCCAAUUUAUCCAGAUCAACUAUGCACAGAGUCCUGAGGCACCCAAUGACUCUGCCCCCCACCAGGUCUCUAAUGGCUAUUUCAAUGAGAAACGCAGGCUCAGCAAGACCAGCCGCGCCAGCAGUAAGGCUAGGUCAGAUGACCUGUCCGUGUGACCUGUUGCCAGGUCACCCUGAGCCCUCAUCAGAUGGCAACACUGGCAAUGAGAUAAACAAGGAUCCCAAAGCAAGGCUGUUCAAGCACCACUUAGGAUGGUUCCUAGUCCCCAAAUCCAGCCUUGAUCUCCAUUCAUUUGGUCAUUGCAGAACUGAAACAAUUAAGUUUAUCUUUCCAUCUUUGGAGGAUAAACUAGCCUAGUCCAACCUACUCUCUUGCAUUUACCUUGCCCUUUUGAACAUGUGCAGCUGCUUAUAAAUCAUUGAAUUGUGUGUGUAUGGGCUUGGAGUGAUUUAAGACAGGAUUGAUCUAUUCCCUCUGAUACCUGCUGUUGAAAGUGAUCGUCACUCCUUGAGUCCAAAGCAGUGCGUGGUUUGGUACAAUUGCCUGCACAUGAACCAGGAGGAAAACAUUUUAGUUUGUAAGUGAUUUAUGUACAUGUAUUUUUGAAUCCGGAAAAGAUGUGUGCUUCCUUGAACAUGAGAUUUUAAACAACUGUGCCUAGUUUGUCCUAAUAAAGUUCUGAUUCCAUC